AUGAAGAAGAAUAAGACUUAGAAAAAUUAAAUAAAGAAGAAAUUAUAUUAAGAUGGGUAAAUUAUAGACUAAAAAAUGCCUAAAAAGAGCCUAUAAUGUCCUUUGGAGUCGAUUUUGGGCCUAUUUAUGAGAUUAUAUUACCAAAGGAAAGCGAUUUAAUGGAAAAAUAUAAAGAAUUAAUUUCAUAAAAAGAAUAAAAGGUUAACAUGUUAUUAUGUGGACUCAUAUUUAUUGAGAAUUCAGGUCUAUUGGCAAGUGAGGAAGAGAAGAAAUAUUCCGAAAAUUUAAAAAAAGAAUAAGAGAAAAACUUAGAAGAAGGCCAAUAAGAAAAAGUAUUUAAAAUGUGGAUAAAUAGCCUAGGAAUAAAAAAGGUUAAAGUAAAUAAUUUAAUUUAAGAUGUAAAAGAGGGCAUUUUAUUAUGUCAAUUAAUGGAUUUUUUAUUUCCCGGAAAAGUGGAUAUGA